AUGCACAAAAGCAGUUCCGGUUCACUAGGCCCAGAUGGCCUCGACCUAACCAAAGCCUUCUUCAAACCCAUCUCCAACGCAUCCCCUCCCUCUCUCACCAAACGCCACAACAAAAUCUCCGUCAUCGGCGCCGGAAACGUCGGAAUGGCCAUCGCUCAGACCAUCCUCACUCAAGACCUCACCGACGAGCUCGUCAUCGUCGAUAACAAACCCGACAAGCUCCGCGGCGAGAUGCUCGACCUUCAACACGCAGCUGCUUUCCUCCCCCGAGUCAAGAUCAACUCUUCCGUCGAAUACUCCGUCACCGCCGGCUCUGAUCUAUGCAUCGUUACCGCCGGUGCACGACAGAUCGCUGACGAGUCCAGGCUUAACCUUCUCCAGAGGAACCUCGCUCUCUUUAAGGGAAUUAUACCCGUUCUGGCACGUUACUCGCCGGAAACGGUUCUCAUUAUCGUGUCUAACCCCGUCGACGUUCUCACCUACAUCGCUUGGAAGCUUUCCGGGUUUCCGUCCAACCGGAUCAUCGGGUCGGGUACUAAUUUGGAUUCGUCUCGCUUUCGUUUUCUCAUUGCUGAUCACCUUCAGGUCAACGCUCAGGAUGUUCAGGCCUGCAUAGUAGGGGAGCAUGGGGAUAGUUCAGUGGCAUUAUGGUCAAGUAUUAGCAUUGGUGGUGUUCCUGUGCUGAGUUUUUUGGAGAAACAACAAAUUGCUUAUGAGAAAGAGACACUGGAGAAUAUACACAAGCAAGUGAUUGACAGUGCUUAUGAAGUGAUCAGUCUAAAAGGCUACACUUCAUGGGCUAUUGGGUACUCUGUGGCUAGUUUGGCUCGGUCGAUUAUUAGGGAUCAAAGGAAGAUCCACCCUGUGUCUGUUUUGGCUAAGGGGUUUUAUGGCAUUGGUGAUGUUGAAGUGUUUUUGAGCUUGCCGGCACAGCUUGGUAGAGGUGGGGUUCUUGGUGUAACCAAUGUGCACAUGAAUCAAGAGGAGGAACAGAGGCUUAGGGACUCUGCUAAAACCAUCUUGGAGGUUCAGACUCAAUUGGGUAUCUGA